AUGCUUUCGAUCCCUCGCCUGCUUUCAGCAGUACUGGCAGUAGUCUGUCUGGUCCAGGCUCAAGACACUGGCAGCGAAGGCACGACGCGAUAUACCGUCUCCUCCACCUUGUCCAAAUCGACAGUAUCGAGCAGCACAUCUUCCAGCGCUUCAGCUACAGCGACGUCACCUUUGGUCGGAUCCUCGGGCUCAGGUGAUGCUGGUGGAGGCACGAGCGGUGGCAGUAGCAGUGCGGCUAAUAGUGUUUCUGUUAACGACUACUCGCUAUUCGGGUCUGCCGUGUUGGGGAUGACGUUCUUGAUUGUCGCUGCGGUGGCGUAA